AUGGCGGAUGUGAGCAUGUUUUGCCUUCUGUUUCUUAUCUGCGCAUGUCUCGCAAGGACAUCCGGGGAUACUACCUACUCCGGAACCGUACCUAAAAAGAAAGGACGAUGGCUAAUCAUGGAUUCGUUGUUAAAUUCUAUGGAUAGCAAAUGCAAAAUAUUUUCCUCAAGGCCGGAAAUUUACGAAACUAUCAAGAAAAUGGAGUUUGAAAUGGGAGUGACGUUGUUUGAAUUUGAUUUUUCCAUGUUUAAUACGUCAGAACCGUUACAACUGAAUUCUGGGUAUAUUUACAAACCGUGGCAGUGGUAUAAGACUAAAUCGCAACAUGGCCGAACGUUGCUAAUGUUGUCGUUUCAUUAUGACAUUCUUUCUAUGACGAUUUUGAAAAUCGGUGUUGUUCGUCUGCCAAUAGAACUUCGAGACCAACCACUCGGUUGUUUUAAAAAUCUGACGGCUGUAGAUCAGUUGACGUUAAUCAACGAGAUGCUAUUGAACAAUUUCCAAGUUGGAAAAAUCAUAAAGACAGGUACAGAUCAUAGGGAUUACGUUUGUCAUCAAGUCAUCCGCGAAAACAAUGGCGCUGCGGAAUUUGUGAAUGCGUGUUGCUCACUGGUGGACGAUGAGAUCGUAUGUUUGGAUCAAGUAGACGAUAAAUGGAUUACAAUUUUGUAUUUUUCUAUAACUUUAGUCAAAGUGUUGGUGUUUUUAUUUUUCCCGCUCUUUCUACCUACCAAUAUGUACAGCGCCGUCUACGUGGCGUCUGAAUACGUCGUCAAGUUGAAAAAGGCGGUAAAAAUGAAAAUUUUAGUUUCGGAGAAAACAGACUGUCACGUGCGCUUUAAGAAACGGAUAACGUUAGAAGAUGUGUCAAAAUUUUGGCGAUUUCGUGAAGAGAUCGAUUCUCUACCAACUGAAGAAAUCGUUCCUAUCAAAAUGGAAGAAAUUCGGAUAACUGUGAAAGGAAAACGGAUUAUUCCUGAAAAUGAGCCACCUACCGGUUUGUUACGGACGGCUUACGAUAAUCUAGUGCGAUGUAAGAUUAAAGGUCUUGAACCAUUCAACGAAUGUUGUGAUUUGAGUGUGUAUGCAUCGUUAGAAAACAGUUUCAAUCAUAAAUUUACGUGGCAUAUGUGUAUGCAAGGGUUUAUCAAAUGUCUAAUGGUGUUUUUAGUACCUCUACCGUUCUAUUGUCGGCUGUUUGUUUAUUAUCAGUUCGAAGAACAAGAGAUGAUGCAAAGGCGAGCCGCCAUAGCUGAAGCCAAUCUGGACGAACAGUUUAAUUUCUAUAGAACGAAUCCGAUGCAGUAUUUUACUCCUACACAUGGUAUUUUCAUAGCGGCGUAUUGUUUGUAUUUUCUAUCAGGAAUAGUACUGGGAUUUUCCGAACAGCAGGUGCGCGAUAAACUGAAAUCCAUCGCUAGAUUGGCACUACAAGAUAUGUCUAACGUUUCUCAAGUCGGAGUUAUACAAGUGAUUCUUAGAAUUGGGUUAUGGCCCUUUAAGAAGUGUGGAUUAAUUGCUAUAUUGUUAAUACCGUUAUAUAUUGCUAUAACCCUACCAUUUAGUGCUAUAACCUUUCUUGUGUAUUGUAUACCAACCAUCUACCUUUCGUACAGACUCGUAUUCCAUUCUUGGAAGCAAAUCGGCGAAAACACACCACUUCAAGAAGAGCAGAAGCGUCGGUUUGAAAAAAUGCGAAAAUUAAAACGUCGGCUCUCGCGUAUUGACACAGCAGUGCAUAACAUCCAAGAUAGCGAGGAGGAAAAUUGCUGCCCCUCGUCAGGCGGGUUCAGCGUCUUUUACACUGUCAAAACUAUAUUCUUACAAUGCAUUGUGGGAAUUUUUAAUCUGUGUGUUCUGUACGCUAUAGCUCUCAUAUUCGCUGAAUCGUUCGGACUAUUGGUAGAAGUUCUUGCGUUUACUAUGAUGGGUAUAAUCGUGAACGCAAGUAGUACGCUGAAGUACGUAACGAUGGUGUUACUUGUGUUCGUUUACAUGCACGACUGUUAUAACAACGUGUACGAAAACUACUUACAGUUUAAUAAAACUAUCAUCGAGGACAUGAUCGACAGGGUGGACGAUUUGAGAAAAAUUGCAAGUCUACCUUCAAGUAUGCAGGAAAACGCUGGAUUCCAGGUGAAAACAAUGGCCGAGGAUCCGCCAGUUAAGACAAGGUUGGAUUUCGGAAAGGGGGAAAUCCGAUGGAAAAUCGGACAAUUGUUACUAUUUUUAGAUUCUCACGAUACCCCGCGAAUUCCAUUACGUUUGUUUAAGAAGUUGUGUGAGGUCAGAGUGCACGGUGCUCCGGGCCCUGUGUAUAUCAAUCUAUUACGAGCCACUGGGAAAUUCCUCAUUAUUGUUGUGUUUCUGUUGUUUGUUAUGAUCGUUGUCAUGGCAUUUGGAAACGUCCAUCAAAUGUCCUCGACCAAUCAGACUCUAGCGACUAUGGCGGGGGGUUUCGUACCAAUGUUACUUAAAAACGUGCUAUCGUCAAAAUCUGUGAAAUUAAGUUUAAAAACUAUCAGUUUUAAGGGACAAAUUGAUGAAAUUAUCACUGAUUACAAACAACAUUGGCCAUGCACCGAUAUCAUAUUUACUAGAGACCUACCCGAGGAGGAGGAAGACGCUGGGGAUGGCGAAGGAAGUGACGACAAAGAUAAAGAUAAAGAUAAGGACAAAGACAAAGAUAAGGACAAAGAUGAGGACAAAUCGAAGGACAAAUCGAAGGAAAAAGAAAACGAAAAUGACGCAAAGCCGAAAGAAAAUCCCAAGCUAAAGGAAAAGACAGAAGAUACUACGAAAAACGAAACGAAGAUCGAUGUAGUCCCUGAUGAAGUCAAAACAAAAUGUAACGGUAAAGUCGUUUUCUCAGAUGAAAUCGAAGAAGAAAAGAAACCGGAAGUAAAACAGCCAGGUGGCGCAAGUGGUGAUGUUAAACCGGAAGAGGAAGUAGUUGAUCUAUUUGUUGACCUCAGUGUAGCGGAUGCACCAGGAGGAUGGUCUGUGUAUGGUUCGUCAGAGAGCCUUCCAUCGAAUUCUAUGAUGCCACCAUAUUAUUCAGAAAACAUGAAUCCCCCUCCAUAUUCUGUCAGUAUGGCGUAGAGCUCAAAAUGUCAAUUUUAAUGUACACGUUUCGCAGAUUAAUUGAAUCCCUCUACUGGGAUCCCAGACUUUCUCUAUAUUUUCGACAGUGUUCUGUUGAUAUGCGGUAGGACUCAAAAUAAUUACAUGAAGCCAAAUGUACACAUUCGGUCACAUUGGAGAGUGAUCCCCCUUCCUAUAUGCUAAUAUGGUAUAGAGCUCAAAAUACUUAUUCAAAUGUACGCAUUCUUUAUAUGGGUCUCAAAUACCAUUGUUGCGAUGCAGCUAUAUUCUGUGACAUGGAUCUCCAAUACCUAAAAGACUUAUUCUGUUCUUAUUCUCGGCCAAAUUAGAAAUAAAACCUCAGUACAUUUGUAUUUUUGCGACCCUCCAAACUCUGUAAUUCCAGUUGUUGUUUAUAUUUUCUUUUUGUUUCUUAUAAAUUGUACAAAAUAUUAAAAUUUAUUCAUC